AGAAAUAAUUGGUUGUUACAAAUUGUGACGAGUUCUGCAAAGAAAAGAACAAGAUUUCAUGAUAGCUCGCAGCAGCGAGUCUUGUCUACUGGUCAUGCAGGACUUCUGUGAGGAAAUGACAAACUGAAACCUGAGGGAAGAAAUGAACCAGCCUCCAGGAAAGGGAGGCAGGGGAGAAGUUGCAUGUGCAAAGGUCCUGGGGUAGGAAAGAGCUUGUGGUGGAGGAACUCGGGGAAGAACUGUGUGACUGGAGCUUCAUGGAAGGGAGAGAGGGACAGAAGAGGCCUGGGGAGAAGCCAAGAGCCAGAUCAUGGCCUGGUUGGUUUAGGUUUUAUUCUCAGGAAAUCAGAAAGCCUCUGGAGGGCUUUAAGCAGGCAGGCAACACAGUCUGACUUGAGUUUCUAAAAACUCUCUCUGGCUGAGAUGUGGAGAAUAAACCUCAGUGGGUCGAGGAUGGAAUCACUCUCCAAUGAGUGGUUAGGAAGCCACUGCUGGAAUUCAAAUGAGAGCUGGUGCUUGGAAUUAAGAGGUGGCUAUGACGGUGGAGAAAAGGGACCAGUUCUGGAUGUUCUGGAGGUGAUCUUGGCAUUGUCGAGCCACCUGGGGGCUGUAGAAUCAGAGAAGCAGAAGCUGCGGGCGCAGGUGCGGCGCCUGGUGCAGGAGAACCAGUGGCUGCGUGAGGAGCUGGCGGGGACACAGCAGAAGCUGCAGCGCAGUGAGCAGGCCGUGGCCCAGCUCGAGGAGGAGAAGCAGCACCUGCUGUUCAUGAGCCAGAUCCGCAAGUUGGAUGAAGACGCCUCCCCUAACGAGGAGAAGGGGGAUGUCCCCAAAGACACACUGGAUGACCUGUUCCCCAAUGAGGAUGAGCAGAGCCCAGCCCCUAGCCCAGGAGGAGGGGAUGUGUCUGGUCAGCAUGGGGGCUACGAGAUCCCGGCCCGGCUCCGCACCCUGCACAACCUGGUGAUCCAAUACGCCUCACAGGGCCGCUACGAGGUAGCUGUGCCACUCUGCAAGCAGGCACUCGAAGACCUGGAGAAGACGUCAGGCCACGACCACCCUGACGUUGCCACCAUGCUGAACAUCCUGGCACUGGUCUAUCGGGAUCAGAACAAGUACAAGGAGGCUGCCCACCUGCUCAAUGAUGCUCUGGCCAUCCGGGAGAAAACACUGGGCAAGGACCACCCAGCUGUGGCUGCGACACUAAACAACCUGGCAGUCCUGUAUGGCAAGAGGGGCAAGUACAAGGAGGCUGAGCCAUUGUGCAAGCGGGCACUGGAGAUCCGGGAGAAGGUCCUGGGCAAGUUUCACCCAGAUGUGGCCAAGCAGCUCAGCAACCUGGCCCUGCUGUGCCAGAACCAGGGCAAAGCUGAGGAGGUGGAAUAUUACUAUCGGCGGGCACUGGAGAUCUAUGCUACACGCCUCGGGCCCGAUGACCCCAAUGUGGCCAAGACCAAGAACAACCUGGCUUCCUGCUACCUGAAGCAGGGCAAGUACCAGGAUGCGGAGACCUUGUACAAGGAGAUCCUCACCCGCGCUCAUGAGAAAGAGUUUGGCUCUGUCAAUGGGGACAACAAGCCCAUCUGGAUGCACGCAGAGGAGCGGGAGGAAAGCAAGGAUAAGCGCCGGGACAGCGCCCCCUAUGGGGAAUAUGGCAGCUGGUACAAGGCCUGUAAAGUAGACAGCCCCACAGUCAACACCACCCUGCGCAGCUUGGGGGCCCUAUACCGGCGCCAGGGCAAGCUGGAAGCCGCGCACACGCUAGAGGACUGUGCCAGCCGUAACCGCAAGCAGGGUUUGGACCCCGCAAGCCAGACCAAGGUGGUAGAACUGCUGAAAGAUGGCAGUGGCAGGCGGGGAGACCGCCGCAGCAACCGAGACAUGGCUGGGGGUGCCGGGCCUCGGUCUGAGUCUGACCUCGAGGAUGUGGGACCUACAGCUGAGUGGAAUGGGGAUGGCAGUGGCUCCUUGAGGCGCAGCGGUUCCUUUGGGAAACUCCGGGAUGCCCUGAGGCGCAGCAGUGAGAUGCUGGUAAAGAAGCUGCAGGGGGGCACCCCCCAGGAGCCCCCUAACCCCAGGAUGAAGCGGGCCAGUUCCCUCAACUUCCUCAACAAGAGCAUGGAAGAGCCGACCCAGCCUGGAGGCACAGGUCUCUCUGACAGCCGCACUCUCAGCUCCAGCUCCAUGGACCUCUCCCGACGAAGCUCCCUGGUGGGCUAAUGCUGAAGGGGCAGCCAGUCACCAGAGCGCCCACCUGGCACACCCCCCUCACCCCAGCCCUGCGCAUGGGCCUGCUGCUUGUCCCGCCUGUCUCUCCCACAGCCCCUGUCUUUUCUGUUCAAUCUCAGGGUAACCUUCUCCCUUGUCAUCUCAGCCUGAGCCCUGGAGGCUGGGCCUGCCCACUCCAGCUCCAUCCCUUAUUUAUUCCUUCCAGCAGGGCCCUCUUCCCUAGGUUCGGGCCAGCAGGAGGUGCCGGCUGGAGUCUCCACCAUAGACUCAGUGGCCUGGCCUCCCCAGACCCCAGAGCCAAGAACACUAAGCACUCGCCGGCCCUUCGGCACCCUCGCCCUCCCUCCCGACUCAACCCGGCCGUUGCUUCUGUAUAUAGAGAAAUAAGUUAUUGGCCGCGCCCCUCCCUUCAGUCCACGGUAUACCCGGGCCUCCCCUCGUCCCUCUUCUAGUGGUACCGCCCAGGCCUUAAUCACCCCCAUUCCGUGCGGUGGUAUCUCCCAGGCUCUACAUUCUCGGGAGCGGCGCCUCCCAAGGGGGUCCUGGGACCUUCUCGCGCUCCUCCUGGCCUCUGAGGGAUGCGUCCUACCCGCGCCAUCGCCCCGUCCCCCAGGACGGGGACCUCCCCUUAGUCCGUCCUCCCACCGCCGGGCCCUGCCCCGCAUCCCGGCCUUAUGCACUGCCCCUCCCACCCGGCCCCGCCCAGGCACGACCCGACCCCGCCCCUGGCACCGCCCACCGAGCCAUCCUGCCACGCCUACCCCCACGCCUGCAGCUUCUCGCGAGGGGCGGCGACGGUCCCCUGGUGGCAGGAGGGGCUCCCCCUGUUGCGGGUGAGGCGGUUGCUCUCUAUUUUCAGAUGUUGCUGUAGAAAUAAAGACGGUUUAAAUCUGA